AUGAGAGAGAGGUCCUCGCACCUGGCAAGGUUUCGGCUGAGAUAUAUAAACGGGUCCGUUAGACUUGGUCUUUACUACCUGAAAACCACUCUGAUCAACAUGAACACUUUGAUCUGUGUCCUCUUCGCCUCCCUCGCGGUAUCAUCUUUCUCCGCACCUGUGGAGAACACCACACCGGUGGCCAUCGUCGCCUACACCGCCGAUGGUCCCAACCCAGAUGGUUCGUACAUCUUCAGCUACGAGUCUGCAAACGGCAUCAAGGUAGCGGAACAAGGUCAACCGAAGCAGCUGAACGAAACGAACUCGGUGGUGAUUGUCGAAGGAUCCUACAGUUACCCUGCUGCUGACGGAACUCCGGUCUCCCUGAGUUACGUAGCAGACGAAAAUGGCUUCCAGCCAAAGGGCGAACAUCUCCCAACCCCUCCUCCCAUCCCAGCUGGGAUCUUGAAAGCUUUGGAAUACAUCGCUGCUCACCCGGAACAAGACCAAGCUCUCUGAUCAUUUAAUAAUCCGGUAUAGAAAUAAGACUUCAUUGACGCGACGAUGGGUCUUAAGAACCCAUCGCGACACCCUGUGUAUUUUAAGUGUAAAUUGUGUAAUUUUAAGAUGAAAAGAUGUAUAGUGAUGAAAUGGCGAU